AUGAGGAAAGUUGAUGCAGUAGCUGUUGCUGCUGCUACUGUCUUGUUGCCGUCAAAAGUGUUUCUCUGCAAAAAGGCCCUUCCGAAGCGCAUCCGUGAGCUUCUGCCGCUCUCCACCGUUCCUGUAGUCCUAUCCUACGGAAGCAGGACGUGGGAGGUCGUAUACUGUGGCGACCAAAGCUUCCAGCGAUUUGGCCAAGGAUGGAAGAACUUUGUGGCCGACAACAAUCUGAAGGAAGGAGAUGGAUGCGUCUUCGAAUUGAUGGACACCGAGAACAUCCAGUUCAAAGUGCAAAUCUUGCGUGGCGAUCUUCCAGCUUUCGGUGCCGGUGGUGGAGAUGGCCAGAGCUCUGAUGAAGUUAUCGUAAUUGACUAG